GUUAUUGGCUCAUCUUCCUAACCAGCUUGAUAAUAAUCAAAUUCCGGCACGUUAACAAUGGACCGACGGCUGACCGGCAAAAAAAAAAAUCAAAAUCAAAAUCAAAAUAAAAAUGACAAACGGUUGAACGAGUAAACGGACCUGGGGCAUCGACGGCGGCGGUGAGUUCUUGGUCGAGCGUUCCGAGUCAAAAUUGUUUUGAAGGUGGGGGAGAAGAUGCUGCCUUUAUACGGUCGGCCGGGGAAACUCUGGGUAGUUUGCUUCCAAUCAGCUGGCCGCUACAUGGUUUCUUUCGUCCUCGUCAUAAUCACUCAGUUCGCACUCGCUCUGGUCCCUCGUUUGCUCCCGGCAUCCUCCCUUCUCCUCCAGCUAUUGCUCUCAGUCGUAGUUCUGCUGUUGGUUGUCGGUUUCGGGAGAUGUUGUAGGCGGCUUCUCGGCGUCUCCGCGUCGGCUCCUGCUCUAGUUCUCUUCAAUACGCUCUUCGUUUGGGGAGUUUACUUUGUUGCUGUUCGACCUGCUGUUCCACGUCUGGUUGAUGUUACUUUCAACGGAGAGAUUGCUCUGCUUUUCAUUGGUUUAUUUAGAAUUCUGUCAAGCGAUCCUGGUUUCGUGAGUAAUGGGUUUCCUGGGACAGCUGCUGAGCUUGUCGAAACUGAAGCUCUUGCGACUGAAGUUCAUGAUGAGUUUCAGGGUGCUGUACUGCCUCUGCGGGUAAGAUACUGUAAAAGCUGCAAAUCACAUGUUAAGGGUUUCGACCACCAUUGUCCUGCUUUUGGGAACUGCAUAGGAUACAAGAAUCAUGUCCUGUUCGUGGUUCUUCUUACUGGAUUUCUUGCUACUGAAGCUUCAUAUGUAGUAUACUCCUUUCGGGGUAAGCAUUUAAAUUUUCCUCCCAAAUAUCAUGUGAUCGUUAUCUCAAUUAUGGUGAAAUAUCCUGCGACCAGAUGUAGGUGGAAUUACAGAUUUAAAGAGAUAGAAACCUGGAAAUGUAUUUUGAAUGUGUUCCAUAGUCCUCUGACAUGGUUGUGAUAUCCACUAGUGAACAUCUAAAACUUGUUUGAAAUGCUUUUGUAUCUAGUUCUUUCCACAGUUGAGUCUUGUGUAUCUGUCUUUUCAGUUGCUAGAGGAUACUGGGUGUUACGCCAACACAAGUUCCAGAGUGAUCUAGCGAGAAGUUUGGUUACGAGUACAAUGCUCUUCUCUCUUCUGCAAGUGCUAUGGCAGGUGUUCUUUCUGACGUGGCACAUAUACUGCAUUUGUUUCAACAUUCGGACUGAUGAGUGGAUUAACUGGAGGAAGUACCCAGAAUUCCAUUUCAGUACUGAGCCCGAACCAGAUGACACUAUUUGACAGUUUUCGGCUGACUAGUACGCAGAAGGGUCCAGCUAAGUAAUCUGUUAGCAGCUUGGUCUCUCUUGAUACAAAGUGCUUAAUCACCAGAAAGGGCAUGGUGAGAUUCAUGCUCGUGGCUUUCAGCAAUCCUCUAAUGUGCGUUACAUCUCCACUUUUCUUUCCUCCUUAUUCCUUUUAGCACUAUGCAUUUAUUCGUGGUUUCACCCGAAGUCCAGGAAAUCUAGGUGAGCGCAUAACUCAGUUUUUACUGGCACUGUAGGCAAUAUUAAAUGAUAGAAAACUCAUGCUAAAGCUAAAUCAAACGUAGCUAUAAUAUGGCAGAAAUUCUUGAUGAAUAGUAAUAAGAACUUUUAUUAACCAGACCCAAGAGGGUUUCCAGUGAUCACACUUACAGAAACCAAAUCACAAACACAACAUCAUCACACACUGACACACAAACACAAACGAGAAACCCGAAACUUAUUUAUUCUGUGAUUGUUGCAUUUCUUGCAGGUUGCAGCAACAUGAUCCUUCAGCUUUCAGACGGCUUGGGCAUGCACUUCAGCCAGAGAUAUCAAUGGACUUGACCUCCGGCUUCUUCUCCUCCUGUUUGGGAACAGUCACAGUGAGCACGCCAUUCUCCAAGCUAGCCUUCACCUGAUCCAACUUGGCAUUCUCAGGCAGCCUGAACCUCCUCAUGAACUUGCCACUGCUCCUCUCGACGCGGUGCCACUUGUCGUUCUUCUCUUCCUGCUCUUUGCUCCUCUCCCCGCUGAUCUGCAGGAUCCUACCAUCUUCAACUUCCACUUUCACCUCUUCCUUCUUCACACCGGGAAGAUCGGCGUUGAAGAUGUGAGCCUCGGGCGUCUCUUUCCAGUCGAUCCUGGCAUUGGCAAAUGCAGAGGUUUCACGGGGCAGAUUCGCCACCGUGGAGCUGAUGAGCCCAUCGAAGGGAUCCCAUAGGUCCAGGGAGAAUGGAUCGAAAACGUUGGUCAGUCGGCUGCCUCGGAGGCUGGGAAUGAUCGACAUAGUUGGAGACUCUAGGAAAACUGUUGUAAGUGACGAGAGUAUGUUUUUUGCUGAACUCAGACAAGGUUUGUCUGAUCAUAUAAGCUUGGGAUCGGGGGUCUAUAUAUAGCAUUAGAUAAGAGAACUCUAGCACCUUACAGGCUAGCAAAAGUGUUGCCUUUAUUUUUAUAUCUAGAGCCUUCUCGUGAAGUCGACCCACAAACUGUAGGACUCCUCUGUCUUUGGUCUACACAGUGGUCGUAAUUUCUUUUCCAGACAGUUCCAUUCGCCUCUUCCAAGAGCUUCUACCAUUUUCAUUCCCCCACCCAUUUGGGUGCUGAAUGUUUCAUUUCAGAGAAGCAUGGGUCGCCGAUGGAUAUGAACAUGCUGUGUUUCUCUUCAGUAAGUGUUUUGCUC